GGGGGGUUAACUGGGCCUGCCCACUGCAAAUGUCUUCUGCGUGAACUUGUGUUGCUGUUAGAUAGUUCCAGACCCCCGCACCAGCUGACUUCUCUUUGGCUUCUCGGCUUGCCGAACAGAAGGCUGAAUCCCAACAUGAGGGUGUGGAUUGUCUUCCUUUUGUGCCUGGCUGGAAAGGCCCUGGCCACUCCAGCAGAGGAGGAGCCAAUUGUUGAGGAGGAGCUGGAAGUGGGAGCCAACCCAGUCCAAGUGGAGACUGGAGAGUUUGAUGAGGCCAUUGAGGUUGUGGAGGAUGUUGUUGCAGAGAAUCCCUGCCUUAACCAUCACUGCAAGAAGGGCAAGGUGUGUGAGGUCGAUGACAGCAACCAGCCCAUGUGUGUGUGCCAGGAUCCUCUGACCUGCCCCACCCCCGAUGGAGAGUUUGAGCAUGUCUGUGGCACUGACAACAAGACCUAUGACUCCUCCUGCCACUUCUUCGCCACCAAGUGCGCCCUGGAGGGCACCAAGAAGGGCCACAAGCUGCACCUGGACUACAUCGGACCCUGCAAAUACAUUGCCCCCUGUCUGGACAACGAGCUGAACGAGUUCCCCCUGCGUAUGAGGGACUGGCUGAAGAACGUGCUGGUCACUCUGUACGAGCGCGAUGAGGACAACAACCUGCUCAACGAGAAGCAGAAGCUGAGGGUGAAGAAGAUCUAUGAGAAUGAGAAGAGGCUCCAGGCUGGUGACCACUCCCUGGACCUGUUGGCCCUGGACUUCGAAAAGAACUACAACAUGUACAUCUUCCCCGUGCACUGGCAGUUUGGCCAGCUUGACCAGCACCCCGUGGACGGGUUCCUGUCCCACACUGAGCUGGCUCCCCUGCGUGCCCCUCUGAUCCCAAUGGAGCACUGUACCACCAGCUUCUUCGAGCAGUGCGACGCUGACCAGGACAAUUACAUCGCCCUGGAGGAGUGGGCCAGCUGCUUCGGCAUCAAAGAGCAGGACAUUGACAAUGACCUCGUCAUCUAAAUCGUGGCCACCAUCAACACUUCCUAGUUAGCCUACUAUUGGGAUGAGGUGCUAGCCAUUAAAUUAAAAUUACAUUAAUGGUGCUAAUUGCGAUUUCCAGUAACCUAUGUAUACCACUAAAAUUUAAACUGUAAAAAGAACAUGCACAGUCCACACUAACCAUCACAGUAAGUGAUAAGUUCCCAUAUUUUUUUUGUUUUGUUUUGUUUUGUUCUUGCAAUUUUUCCAAUAUUGUGCAAAUGCUCAAGCCAGCUGAUGGAACUGAGUAGACGUUUGAAAUGUCAGAGGAGGGUGAUGUUAAGGAUAUGAUGGACUUUGUACGUCGAAAGGCUUUUUUUCAUUGGAUGCACAAAGAGUUACAUAUUUUUCAAGGAAUCAGGGCUUGAAUUUAAUGUCAAUUCGGAGUUACUGAGAAACUUGUAAAAAGACAAAAAUAAAGUUUCCAAAUAAAUAUUCUUUCUGCUUGCUUUAUAAACCUUU